AAAAUGGCAAAUGGAUGAAAUUAUAAGCAAGCAGUAUGCACCAGCUAAAAGUGUUGACAAAACUUUAAACAAUAGUCCCUCAAUUUCACAAUGGAAAGUUCGAGACGGAAAAAGUGCCCAUGAAAUUCCUUUAAAUCACAUUCAUUUGUGCGUUAAAUUUAUUAUAACAAGAUGAAACCUCCGAAAAUGAUGCGGAAAAACGAAGAAUUUAAGAGCAAUACAAAUCAAAAUUCAAUUUUUGAGGCUGAUUUUGAAACGGCGAUUUCGGCAACUAAAUUUGGGAAAUUUAAUCUUUUAUUAAUUUUAAUUGCGGUUCCUUGUGGAUGGGCUACAGUUUGCGAUGCAACAACCAUGUCGUAUAUUUUACCAUCAGUUUAUUGCGAUUUAGGUUUAAAUUUGGAACAAAGAGGGAUGUUGAAUGCCAUAACUUAUUUUGGGAUGAUUUCGAGCGCUUUUCUUUGGGGAUUUCUAUCAGAUACUUUAGGAAGAAAAAAACUUUUAAUCAUCGGAUUCGCUUUGGAUGCUUUCUUCAUCAUUGUAGCAGGACUUUCGCAAACUUACGAAAUGAUUUUAGCCGCUAAAUACAUGACGGGGUUCAUAAUUAACGGCCCCUUCGCUGCAUUUACAACGGUUUUAUCUGAAUUUCACGCAAAACAAUACCGAGCUAAAGUGAUGUUAAUCUUAGGAAUAAUUUACGCAGUAGGAAACUUAAUUCUUCCGUUAAUGGCUUGGCUAAUUCUCCCAACAAAUUGGAAAGUUAUCAUUGUUGAAAACAAAUUCGAAUUACGCCCGUGGAAUUUUUUUAUUAUUUUAUCAUCGCUUCCAAGUAUUUUAAGUUGCAUUAGUCACCUUUUUAUUCCGGAAAGUCCGAAAUUUCUUAUGACGACUGGAAGAAACGAAGAAGCCCUUCAAGUUUUACAAAAAGUUUAUGCGCUAAAUACAGGGAAAUCCAAAAAAUCGUACCCGAUCCAAUCCUUAAUCGAUGAAAUCAAAGAAAGUAACACAAACACAGUUACAGCAAAUAGAUCGUCAGCGAAAGCUUUAAAAGAAGGAUUUUUGCAAAUGAAACCUCUGAUUCAAUCUCCACAUUUAAAAAAUUUAACCUUAACGUGUUUGAUACAAACAGGAUUUUUAACGAGUUUAAAUACAUUACGAUUAUGGUUACCUCAAUUGUACACAACAAUAAACGAUUAUCAAACAGCUUAUCCUGAUGAUAAAGAUGCUAAUUUAUGUACAAUGUUGGGAUCGAUUACUUCUAAUGUUGAUGUUAGUCAAUCUGAAUGUUUAGAGUUUGACUCCAGAGAUUCCGUUUACUUCAACGUUGUAAUUAUAAACAUUGUUAAUAUGAUAUUUUAUACUUUAGCAGGAAUAUUUAUAAAUAAAUUAGGAAAGAAAACCAUCCUCAUUUUCUUAGGCAUUUUAGGAACAAUAAGUGGGGUUUCAAUUUAUUUUGCACAAAGCGUUGCAACAACAACCACUUUGACAUCGUUGAGUAACGCUUCUUUGGGCGUUUGUAGCAAUAUUUUAAUAACAAUUGUAAUUGAUUUAUUUCCAACAACUUUAAGAACAAUCGCUGUUUCAAUGGUUAUGAUGGCUGGAAGAUCUGGAUCUAUGGUUGGAAAUAUUACUUUUCCCAUGUUGUUACAACUGGGAUGUUGGGAACCGUUUUUUACAAUCGGCGGUUUUGUGCUGGUUUCUACAGUGAUUACGUUUUUCUUACCAAAAACUGAUAUGAAAUCACUCGAAUAA